AUGUCCGGAGUUCAACACAUUGCAGGAAAUAACGAUCCGAAGGAGCAGCACCAUUGUAAAUCGAUCGCUACCUGGACGGGGCCUGGUGCUCCAACAGUUUCAGUGCGACUAUGGUUAUUGAAGGGGCACACUGCAGAGAAGAAAAAUAUAGCCCUGUGCAAGGAAGAUCUUUUAAUAUGCAUCCGGGCAGCUUUCAAGGCUCACCCGGAGAAAGGGUAUUGUUAUAUUCACUGGCAGAUGUCAACGGAUAUGUCCACUAAGCCACUAUUUACAAUGGAUUAUGACGUUACUGGUGAGAUGCUUCAACUUGUGACAACGCGAAAGCCAAGCGAACAGUCUACACCAGACGUUGAAACGCCUCCACCGGCGGUCGAAAAGCCUCAACUGGCGGUCGCGAAGGAUGCCGGCCAGAACUCAAUGGAGCAAUGA